GAAGCCCCUCUUUGGGGUGCAGGGAACGCCCUGCCACCCUCCCCGGGGGGUGUCCGCAGCCCCCAGCGCUCGGUGGCCCCACUCUCGGCGUGACGUCCUUCCCCAGCGGGCUCGGGAAACCGCAGCCGCUUUUCCGCGCUGCCUCCCAUCCCCGGCCGGAGGUGCAGGCGGAGGGUGGCCCACGACGCGCCGCGGGUGCCCGUGCCAGGGCUGCCCCCGCCCCGCCGUGCCAGGCCCUCUCUGGUGCGCCCUGCAGCCGGGAUCCCGCCGCGUUCGCUCGGCACAGGUCCCAUGGCGCUGGGCCGGGCCGUGCUGGUGCUGCUGGUGCUGAGCCCCCUGCGGGCGUGUGGGGCUGAGCUGCUGCAGCCGGGGCUGCCCCGGGGCGGGCAGUGGGUCUGGGGGGCGGCCAAGCCCCUGCCCCUCUCCCGUGAGAAGAGGGAUGACCGUGGGCAGGAGCCCGGUGCCACCGCGAUGAUCAGCAGUGACAAGAGCCGUGGUGUCUCUGUGCCACCACCAGCACCCGGCACCACGGCCAGCCUGCUCCAUGUGCCAGCCACAGCCGAUCCCAUGGAUGAUUCCCCCGAGCCUGAGCUGCUCCUGAGCUCUACAACGCCAGAGCCCAGCACCAACGCCAGCCUCAUCUGGGUGCCCGCAGUGUCCACCACAGCCGAGCCCAUGGACGAAACAGAUUCCCUUAAACCCGACUUACUGGAGGACUCUGUGUCACCAACAGUGCCCAGCCCCAGCCUGCCCCAGGUGUCUGCAGUGUCCACCACAGCCGAGCCCGUGGAUGAGACCGAUCCCCCUGAUCUCAGCCUGCUCCUCACCUCUGCCCCACCACCAGCACCCAGCACCAAGGCCAGCCGGGCAUUCGCGGUGCCAACCACAGCUGAUCCCGCGGAUGAGACCGAUUCCCCUGCUGCCGACCUGCUGCCAGGCUCAGAGCCCGCACCGUCAGCAGCCCAAAAGAGCAGCGCCACUGCCACCCCCAGCUGGCUCACGUCACCCAUCGAGGAGGGCACAGUGACUGAUGGCCCGGGCAGCAGCUCCUCCACGGGGCCACGCUCAACACCCUCCCCAGCCUUUGUCCUCACCACCACGGGCCACAAGAAACGCAAGGAAUCCGGAGCUCCGCCUGCACCGACCCUCCCGGCCGCUUGGGACACGACGCCGGGGGGCUCCGCGGCGCCCUGGGAGCCCAGCGGGGUGAUGAGCAAGUGCCUGCUGGCCAUGCUGCUGCUGGGGCUGGUGGCCGCCACCUUCCUGGUGUGCACGGGGGUGCUGGGGACGCUGCUGUGGCGGCGGGCGCGGACGGGGCAGCGCCGCUUCAGCCGCACCGAGAUGAUUUGUAUCUCCUCGCUCCUGCCCGACGCUGAGACGGCCGCCGGCCCCCGGCCUGUCCCGGCCCGGCGGCACAAGCUGCUGCUGCCCGACGGCAGCCCCGAGCCCGACGGAGACAACCUGACUCUCAGCAGCUUCCUGCCGGAGCACUCCUGAACCCCGGGGAUGCUCCUGCAUCCCGCAGCGCUGCGGGGCCGCCUGCCCGGUGUCCCCUGCCUGGUGUCCCCGGUGGAGCCUAGGGCAGGGGACCCGCUGUCCCCCGGUGUUUUAGCUUGGACCCGUGUGACGAAGAGCUCGUAGCUCAGCCCUCGAGGUCCAUCCCAUUAAAAAGUUACCUGGACGUGGUGGUCUCUUCCUGGCAGGGAUGGCACCCGCCAGCCCCCUCCCUGCC